UGUCCUGGAGAACUUAAAGUAUCUCCUCAAGGUACUUGUUGACGGGCUUCGUACCUUAAUAUCCGAUUAUUACAAUAAAAAAGAAACGCUAAACCUACAAGGGUUAUACAGCACCUGUACUUGAAUAAACUGACUUAUGUAUGAUUGAUGCAGGUCCAUGAUGUGUGCAAGUCCUUGCACCCAACAUGACAGCAGCAGCUGUGUGAUGACCAUACUCAGUCACCUCAAACCUUAACACACCAACAUCAGCUGCAGACGCAGUGACCAUGGCCGGUGGAUACCUCAGGCUGCUACAGAGGUUUCCUAAAGGUUAUUCCCUGGCUUUCGCUUAUGGAUCUGGAGUCUUCAAACAAGUUGGACACAAGAAUACCAAGGAUAACAUGAUAGACUUAAUUUUGGCAGUCCGAGAUCCUGUUGAAUGGCACAAGACAAAUCUGGCUCUUAACCCAAAACACUACUCUUCUCUUCGGUUUGGUGGACCUCAUUUCAUAGCCAGUGUCCAGGAAAAUUGGGGUGCUAAAAUAUAUUUUAAUACAUUAAUCCCAACACAUGAAGGGAUGAUAAAGUAUGGGGUGAUAUCUCAUACAAGCCUAAUAACUGAUCUGCUGGACUGGGAUACCCUAUAUGUAGCUGGUCGCCUACACAAGCCUGUCCUCAUGUUGUACCGUGCCUCUGAAGAUGAUGAACUACAUAGUGCGCUGAAAAUUAACCUGUAUGCAGCCAUUCACACAGCUCUUCUUUUAUUGCCUGAGUCAUUUAGUGAGGAUCAGCUUUAUUUGGCACUAGCUGGCCUCUCAUAUACAGGUGAUUUUCGUAUGCACGUAGGAGAAGACCAGAACAAGGUGAGAAAUAUAGUUCGAGCGCAAACACAGGAGUUUCGGAAUCUCUAUCUACCAGUUUUUAAGGAAUUGGAAGAAUAUGUCUUGGUGGAUCAAUAUAAGGGAAUGGGAGAACAAGAUACCUCACCACCAGCUCGACUCUAUCACCUUUCAAUGUUGCCUAAAACACUACAGUUUAAAUUAAUUAAAGAAUUCAAUAAGGAUAGAAGCAAUAGAGACUUAGAAGAUGUGCUUCAUGCUGCUGCUCAUGACAGUGAUAGUGCUGAUGUAAUAGUUCAAGGUAUUAGAGAUAUAGUGAAGAUUCCUAGUCUGACUCAGAGUAUAAAAGGAAUAUUGACUGCUGGAGUAAUCAAGUCCAUCAAGUAUUCAUGGUCUAAGCUGAACAAAAUGUGGAAGAGUUUACAAAGAUGACUCAUCAAUUACAAUGUUCUGUACAUUUAUUCCUGGCACUUUUUAAAACACUUUCUAUAUUUAUAAGUAAUUACAAUUCUGCAAAUGUUCAGUUAUUUUUGUAUUUGUAUUAUUUUAUGUAAAUGCUAUUAUAUUUUGCUUGUUAUAUUUAAUUUAAUGUUGAAAUUAUAUGUGAAGCUUGCACUGAA